AUGACAGGAUCCAGACACCGGGUAUUCAUGGACACUGAGGAGAAGAUCAUUCUGGGUCAUACAUUCAACACAGUCAGAAAGGAUGUCAAGGUCAUCCACUUCCUUUAGCCGACAUGAGGAAACUUAACCCUAACCCUACAGACUCAUUGGGAUGUUCCUCAACACUUUCCUGAGGCUUGCUGAUCCUGAGGUGUGUUGUCAUUGUUUGUUGUGUGCUGACUGAGACAUUGGAGAGGAGCCAUAGGUACCGGACGUGUACGGAUGUCCUCCUCAAGCGACACAGUGGACCCGGGCAGGAUGGGACUACGACCCAGGGCCAGAUCAGGUGGAGAAACAAACAGGCUGGGACACAGAGGGACCCCCACAAGGCUGAGGCUCAGACCCAGAGGGACCCCCACAGGGCUGAGGCUGGGCCUGUGGAUCCUGUGUUUCAGCUGGUUCUGCUUCACUGCUCACGCUCAGAUGAAGAUACCGCCUGAGACGUGAGUAGACCCUCAGAACUAUGUAGUAGUGCUCACCAACAGUCUCUCCUUUAAAGUUUCAUAUUGGUUACUGAUGCUUUGUGUGUCAAAUCAAAAUAAAAUGCAUUUGUAUUAGUCACAUGUUUGAUAAACAACAGGUGUAGACUAACAGUGAAAUGCUUACUUAUGUGCCCUUCCCAACAAGGCAGAGAGAAAAAAUAAUAUAAAAAUAAUAAGGAAUGAAUAUACAAUGAGUAACGAUAACUUGGCUAUAUGCACACCGUAUCGCUUGCUGUGAGGUAGCAGAGAGAACAUUCUAUGACUUGGGUGGCUGGAGUCUUUGACCAUUUUUAGGGCCUUCCUCUGACACUGCCUGGUAUAGAGGUCCUGGAUGGCAGGGAGCUCGGCCCCGGUGAUGUACUGGGCCGUACGCAGUACCCUCUGUAGCGCCUUGCGGUCGGAUGCCAAGCAGUUGCCAUACCAAGCAGUGAUGCAGCCAGUCAAGAUGCCCUCAAUGGUGCAGCUUUAGAACUUUUUGAGGAUCAUGCCAAAUGUAAAGACACAAGUGGCACAAGUCUAUGCUGAGCAAUUCACUCAGCUCAGUGGUAUUCGUACUAUACUGUCUUCUACAGUGCAUAGCAAAAGUACUUUACUAUUUUGUUGCCUUACAACUUGGAAUUAAAAAUGAUUUUUUGGGGGUUUGUAUCAUUUGAUUUACACAACAUGCCUACCACUUUGAAGAUGCAAAAUAUUUUUUAUUGUGAAACAAACAAGAAAUAAGACAAAAAAAACAGAAAACUUGAGCGUGCAUAACUAUUCACCCCCCCCCCCAAAGUCAAUACUUUGUAGAGCCACCUUUUGCAGCAAUUACAGCUGCAAGUCUCUUGGAGUAUGUCUCUAUAAGCUUGGCACAUCUAGCCACUGGGAUUUUGUCCAUUCUUCGAUGCAAAACUGCUCCAGCUCCUUCAAGUUGGAUGGGUUCCGCUGGUGUACAGCAAUCUUUAAGUCAUACCACAGAUUCUCAAUUGGAUUGAGGUCUGGGCUUUGACUAGGCCAUUCCAAGACAUUUAAAUGUUUCCCCUUAAACCCCUCAAGUGUUGCUUUAGCAGUAUGCUUAGGGUCAUAGUCCUGCUGGAAGGUGAACCUCCGUCCCAGUCUCAAAUCUCUGGAAGACUGAAACAGGUUUCCCUCAAGAAUUUUCCUGUAUUUAGCGCCAUCCAUCAUUCCUUCAAUUCUGACCAAGUUUCCCAGUCUCUGCCGAUGAAAAACAUUCUCACAGCAUGAUGCUGCCACCACCAUGCUUCACUGUGGGGAUGGUGUUCUCGGGUGAUGAGAGGUGUUGGGUUUGCGCCAGACAUUGCGUUUUCCUUGAUAGCCAAAAAGCUCAAUUUUAGUCUCAUCUGACCAGAGUAGCUUCUUCCAUAUGUUUGGGGAGUCUCCCACAUGCCUUUUGGCGAACACCAAACAUGUUUGCUUAUUGUACGGCUUAAAGUGGUCCUAUGGACAGAUAAUCCAAUCUCCGCUGUGGAGCUUUGCAGCUCCUUCAGGGUUAUCUUUGGUCUCUUUGUUGCCUCUCUGAUUAAUGCUCUCCUUGCCUGGUCCGUGAGUUUUGGUGGGCGGCCCUCUCUUGUGGUGCCAUAUUCUUUCCAUUUUUUUAUAAUGAAUUUAAUGGUGCUCCGUGGGAUGUUCAAAGUUUCAGAUAUGUUUUUAUAACCCAACCCUGAUCUCUACUUCUCCAUUGUCCCUGACCUGUUUGGAGAGCUCAUUGGUCUUCAUGGUGCCGCUUGCUUGGUGGUGCCCCUUGCUUAGUGGUAUUGCAGACUCUGGGGCCUUUCAGAACAGGUGUAUAUAUACUGAGAUCAUGUGACACUUAGAUUGCACACAGGUGGACUAUAUUUUACUAAUUAUGUGACUUCUGAAGGUAAUUGGUUACACCAGAUCUUAUUUAGGGGCUUCAUAGCAAAAGGGGGUGAAUACAUAUGCACGCACUUUUCCGUUAUUUAUUUUUUAGAAUUUUUUGAAACAAGUUAAUUUUUAAUUUUACUUCACCAAUUUGGACUAUUUUGCCCAUUACAUGAAAUCCAAAUAAAAAUCUAUUUAAAUUACAGUUUGUAAUGCAACAAAAUAGGAAAAACGCCAAGAGGGGUGAAUACUUUCGCAAGCCACUGUAUAUCUGUGUGGUCUGUAGCAAUCCUGUAGUGAAAGUUAAUGGGUCUCCAUAGUUUUGUCAGCAUCUUGUCACCCUGACUAUGGUUCAGCAGCAGUAAAAGAGGAUGGAUGCAAGUGACUGACUUUCUCUCUUCUAACAAAUGCAAUUGUUGCACUUGGAAAAUGUUUGAGGAAGCACAUUUUCUGACCAGCCGAAUCACAGCCCAGUUAUAGAAGAGGAGGAUUAAACUGUCUGAUAACUGGCAUAUAAGGAGGAGGUUGAAUCUCUAUUCUGAAUCUCUAUUCUGAAUCUCUAUUCUGAUACUGUCUGUCUGAUAGACUGACUGACUGACUGACUGACUGCCUGACUGACUGCCUGACUGCCUGACUGCCUGACUGGCUGGUGCUUGUUGUUUAUCUGCAGUCAGCUGCUGUUCGGUUCAUUUUAAGGCCUGAUUACACAUUGACCCUGAUUCCUCUCUCCUCUCCCUCCGCUUCUCUUCCUCUGCUAUAAUUUAACCCCAUCCAACUGUCACCAAAACCACAGCCCCCAAAAAGGUCACAUGAGCCUGGGAGAUUAAUCACGCUUGUGUCUUGCCCUCUGCUCUCUGCUCGCCUGGUCCUGUGUCCCCACUCAUCCCACCACAUUAGGGGACAGAGCCAGAGGGCAGCCAGACCAGUCCCAGAACAUGAUUUGAUGUGAUUCGUCAUCCAGCGACAAACAGUGUUUGUCCCGUGGUUCACUACAUUACAUUUCCCAUGUGGGACUAGUCUAGACUUGUCUUUGUUGUAAAGUGCAUCACUAUUUCCCCUAGGCACAAUUGUGAGAGCUGGCUGUUCUGUGCUUGUCUGUGUUUCUGUAGAUUCUAUUUGUAGGCUACUACAGGGUCGGCGCUGGACAAACGGGAUAUUCUCCUGAUCUUACAUACAUUUAAAUUCUUGAGUCAGGUUGAAUAUCAUACUGAUUGACCAAAAGCUAUGGCGCUCUUCAAAGUAGCCAACAACUUACCGCCGACAGCUCAAAUCAUAUCACAUUUUAUUUGUCACAUGCGCCGAAUAUAACAGGUAUAGACCUUAACGUGAAAUAUUUACUUUUAAGCCCUUAAACAACAAUGCAGUUUUAAGAAACUAUAGUUAAGAAAAUAUUUACUAAAUAAACUAAAGUAUAAAAUGAAAAAAAUAAAAGUAACACAAUAAAAUAACAAUAAUGAGGCUCCACUGGUUUUUACGCUAGUGUGUCACAGAUAAAAUAUACUAUGUCUGAGAAUUUUCUAGCUUUCCUAAUCUUAGUUCCCAGCAGGCAACAUUUGGCAUUGGAUGUCAUUGUCUUUUGUACUCAGAAUCAUGUUUUUUUUGGUCACAUUUCUACCCCCGAAAAUCCCAGUCAGCAGUGGUCAGUCAGUGCUGCAAUGGUCAGUCAGUCAGCAGUGGUCAGUCAGUCAGCUGUGGUCAGUCAGUCAGCAGUGGUCAGUCAGGAGGAAGUGGUCCAAAGGGGAAAGUGCCGGUCAUAUGUUAUCCUGCAGGAUACUGCCCUCACCCAUUUUGGCCGGGCUGGUGGCCGUGACACACACACACAGGCCCACACAGAUGGUCGUGCAGGUUGGAGUGUGUUGACAGAGGAACCUCCUGCAUGUUAACCUGCACCACACUGGAGCCAUCACGGCCUGAUGUCUCAGCACGACUGUAGUAGUCUGAAUGAGCGUUGCUUGAUUUGGGACAGAAUGUUAACAAUAUGGUAUAUCUUUGGCUGGGUUAAACAAGUCUGCUUUGAUAUUGCUCAUACAGCCAGACACACACGCACACACACAAAAUAAUACACAACACUGCUGUGUGUAUGUGUUAUGCUGGGACAGUUUAAGCGCAUCAGCUGAUCCUAUAUCUGAUCCUACAUACAGUAUUAUCCUGAGCUGAGCCAUAGUGCCAUAAUCCAGACUGUCUGUUUGUUCUAGACUUCAGGCUGCACCACCUGCAGCUCCCAGCCCAGUUUGUAGUGGAGGAAUAUUUAUCAUACAGUGGCUUGCGAAAGUAUUCACCCCCUUGGCAUUUUUCCUAUUUUGUUGCCUUACAACCUGGAAUUAAAACGGAUUGUAUCAUUUGAUUUACACAACAUGUCUACCACUUUGAAGAUGUAAAGUAUUUUUUCUUGUAAAACAAACAAGAAAUAAGACAAAAAAAACAGAAAACUUGAGCGUGCAUAACUAUUCACCCCCCCCCCCCCCCAAAGUCAAUACUUUGUAGAGCCACCUUUUGCAGCAAUUACAGCUGCAAGUCUCUUGGGGUAUGUCUUUAUAAGCUUGGCACAUCUAGCCACUGGGAUUUUUGCGAUUCUUCAAGGCAAAACUACUCCAGCAUCUUCAAGUUGGAUGGGUUCCGCUGGUGUACAUCAUUCUUUAAGUCAUACCACAGAUUCUCAAUUAGAUUGAGGUCUGGGCUUUGACUAGGCCAUUCCAAGACAUUUCAAUGUUUCCCCUUAAACCACUCGAGUGUUGCUUUAGCAGUAUGCUUAGGGUCAUUGUCCUGCUGGAAGGUGAACCUCCGUCCCAGUCUCAAAUCUCUGGAACUGAAACAGGUUUCCCUCAAGAAUUUCCCUGUAUUUAGCGCCAUUCAUCAUUCCUUCAAUUCUGACCAGUUUCCCAGUCCCUGCCGAUGAAAAACAUCCCCACAGCAUGAUGCUGCCACCACCAUGCUUCACUGUGGGGAUGGUGUUCUCGGGGUGAUGAGAAGUGUUGGGUUUACGCCAGACAUUGCGUUUUCCUUGAUGGCCAAAAAGCUACAUUUUAGUCUCAUCUGACCAGAGUACCUUCUUCCAUAUGUUUGGUGACCAAACGUGUUUGCUUAUUUUUUUCUUUAAGCAAUGGCUUUUUUCUGGCCACUCUUCCGUAAAGCCCAGCUCUGUGGCGUGUACGGCUUAAAGUGGUCCUGUGGACAGAUACUCCAAUCUCCGCUGUGGAGCUUUGCAGCUCCUUCAGGGUUAUCUUUGGUCUAUUUCUUGCCUCUCUGAUUAAUGCCCUCCUUACCUGGUCCGUGAGUUUUGGUGGGCGGCCCUCUCUUGGCAGGUUUGUUGUGGUGCCAUAUUCUUUAAUAAUGGAUUGAAUGGUGCUCUGUGGGAUGUUCAAAGUUUUGGUUAUUUUUUUAUAACCCAACCCUGAUCUGUACAUCUCCACAACUUUGUCCCUGACCUGUAUGGAGAGCUCCUUGGUCUUCAUGGUGCUGCUUUCUUGGUGGUGCCCCUUGCUUAGUGGUGUUGCAGACUCUGGGGCCUUUCAGAACAGGUGUAUAUAUACUGAAAUCAUGUGACAGAUCAUGUGACACUUAGAUUGCACACAGGUGGACUUUAUUUAACUAAUUAUGUGACUUCUGAAGGUAAUUGGUUGCACCAGAUCUUAUUUAGGGGCUUCAUAGCAAAGUGGGUGAAUACAUAUGCACGCACCACUUUUCCGUUAUUUAUUUUUUAGAAUUUCUUCUGUUGAUUUAACCACCAAACAAGUUAUUUUUUUCAUUUCACUUCACCAAUUUGGACUAUUUUGUGUAUUGCCAUUACAUGAAAUCCAAAUAAAAAUCAAUUUAAAUUACAGGUUGUAAUGCAACAAAAUAGGAAAAACGCCAAGGGGAAUGAAUACUUUUGCAAGGCACUGUAUGUAAAUUAUAUACCGUAUAUACCUCACCUCCGACCCGUGAUAAGACUAUGCAAUUAGCCUAUUCAAAUGUUUAUCUGACUCCAUAAAGAUAAUUAAAAUAUGCAAGCAAGCAUUAGGCAAUGAGUUGACGCUGACUAGCAAGAAUAGGUCUGAGAGUGGAAUACUGAAGGCAGAUAUUUAAUAUCAUUGUAAAAUGAAUAAAAUCACAUACAAGGCAUGAAGCUUAAGUUACAAAACAUUAACAAGCAUUACAAUGCAUUACUCUAGGCAUGAUCAGAGAGGGAGAAAGAGAGAGAGACGUCAUAGCCUGAAAGGCCAUGCCCCAAGAGUCCCUGGGGUAGAGAGAGAAAGACAGACAGUGUAGGUAUCUCACCAGCGCAGGUCAGGAACAAAGAAGAGAGAGAGAGAUGGAGGGGGUCUGGGAGAGCUGGAGGAGAGGGGGAAAGUUAGUGAUUGAUUUUCAGUGGAUGCUGGCAGCAUUUGUUUCACAACUGAAUCUAGACUGACCCAGACCCAGACUCCCCAGAAGUAUGCAUGCCUUGGCCUCGGGUGUGAAUAGGUAAAAGCAGUGAUGUAGUGGUAAAACAAUGGAUUGAAAUCUGAGUUGUUGACAAAUAUCAUUACUGUUGAGUUGACCACAAUCAGAUAUCAGACCUACAGGAUGUAAAGAUGACAGGACCUCUGAAUCACAGAGGUGUGACAGAAUAGGUGUUUGUAAAAUAAUGCAGCAUUCUUAAGACAACAAAGGCUUCCCUGUAUACAGUUGAUAAGAGUCACUUCGGGGGCUGAGCCGCCUUACAGGUUCCUACAGCUCCCAGCUCCUAGCCCAGGCUGCACAGAUCCAGUCUGCUCUAAUGUCUGACUGCUGGCCCUCAUAUUCUAAUGAGAUCAAGCUAGCUCUCCCAGCCCAGCCUAUCUUCUAACUCCUCUGCCUGUCUGGCCAGUCUGCUGGCCCCAGUGCCCCAGGGCCCUGUCAGGCCAGAAGGGGUUAGCUAGUCCAUUCACUAUACAAUGGCAGUUAUCAUGGUCAAGUCAUAUUGACAAAGUUAUCGCGAAGAUAGGGAGAGGUAUGUCUUUUAUAAAAAAUAUGUUUUGCGUUUUUUGACACAAAGAUCAACUGUACUAGUUGUUCAGGCUCUGGUCUUGUUCCAUCUUGAUUACUGUCCGGUAAUAUGGUCAGGUGCAGCAAAGAAAGACCUAGCAAAGCUGCAGCUGGCUCAAAACAGAGCAGCACGCCUUGCCCUUAACUGCACGUACAGAACUAACAUCAACAACAUGCAUAAUAGUCUUUCAUGGUUGAGGAUUGAGGAGGAAUUGACUACUUUUCUUCUAGUCUUUUUUAGAAACGUUUGUGUGUUGAAAAUGCCUAAGCAGUUGUAUAAUCUAUUUGCAUACACUUCAAACAGACAUAUAUACCCCACCAGACAUACCACUUUGGGUUUCUUCAAGGUACCCAAACCAAAAACAGAUUGAAUGUGUCGCUCGUAUAGAGCCAUGUCAUUGUGGAAUGUUCUACCACCUGAGGUUACUCAGGCAAAAAGCAAGUUUAGCUUUCCAAAAAACAUACAGUGGCUUGCAGAAGUAUUCACCCCCCUUGGCAUUUUUCCUAUUUUGUUGCCUUACAACCUGGAAUUAAAGUGGAUUUUUGGGGGGUUUGUAUCAUUUGAUUUACACAACAUGUCUACCACUUUGAAGAUGUAAAGUAUUUUAUAUUGUGAAACAAACAAGAAAUAAGACAAAAAAACAGAAAACUUGAGCGUGCAUAACUAUUCACCCCCCCAAAGUCAAUACUUUGUAGAGCCACCUUUUGCAGCAAUUACAGCUGCAAGUCUCUUGGGGUAUGUCUCUAUAAGCUUGGCACAUCUAGCCACUCUGAUUUUUGCCCAUUCUUCAAGGCAAAACUGCUCCAGCUCCUUCAUGUUGGAUGGGUUCCGCUGGUGUACAGCAAUCUUUAAGUCAUACCACAGAUUCUCAAUUGGAUUGAGGUCUGGGCUUUGACUAGGCAAUUCCAAGACAUUUCAAUGUUUCCCCUUAAACCACUCGAGUGUUGCUUUAGCAGUAUGCUUAGGGUCAUUGUCCUGCUGGAAGGUGAACCUCCGUCCCAGUCUCAAAUCUCUUUAAGACUGAAACAGGUUUCCCUCAAGAAUUUCCCUGUAUUUAGCGCCAUCCGUUAUAUAUUUUGUAGAAUUUUUUGAAACAAGUUAUUUUUUUCAUUUGCCUUCACCAAUUUGGACUAUUUUGUGUAUGUCCUUUACAUGAAAUCCAAAUAAAAAUCAAUUUAAAUUACAGGUUAUAAUGCAACAAAAUAGGAAAAAUGCCAAGGGUAUGAAUACUUUUGCAAGGCACUGUAUUGUCUAACAGCGGCUCUCCUUAUUCUAAAGAUGUAAUUUAACUGUACUGUAUAUAAGAAUAUGAAUAUGUACAGUGUAUUCGGAAAGUAUUCAGACCCCUUGACGUUUUCCACAUUUUGUUACGUUACAGCCUUAUUCUAAAAUUGAUUAAAUAAAUACAAAUCCUCAUCAGUCCACACACAAUACCCCAUAAUGACAAAGCAAAAAUAGGUUGUUCAAAUUUUUUGCAAAUGUAUACAAAAUUAAAAACAGAAAUACCAUAUUGACGUAAGUAUUCAGACCCUUUGCUAUGAGACUCGAAAUUGAGCUCAUGUGCAUCCUGUUUCCAUUGAUCAUCCUUGAGAUGUUUCUACACCUGUGGUAAAUUCAAUUGAUUGGACAUGAUUUGGAAAGGCACACACCUGUCUAUAUAAGAUCCCACAGUUGACAGUGCAUGUCAGAGCAAAAACCAAGCCAUGAGGUUGAAGGAAUUGUUCAUAGAGCUCCGAGACAGGAUUGUGUCGAGGCACAGAUCUGGGGAAGGGUACCAAAACAUUUCUGCAGCAAUGAAGGUUCCCAAGAACACAGUGGCCACCAUCAUUAUUAAAUGGAAGAAGUUUGGAACCAUCAAGUCCCUUCCUAGAGAUGGACACCCGGCCAAACUGAGCAAUCAGGGGAGAAGGGCCUUGGUCAGGGAGGUGACCAAGAACCCGAUGGUCAAUCUGACAGAGCUCCAGAGUUCCUCUGUGGAGAUGGAAGAAACUUCCAGAAGAACAACCAUCUCUGCAGCACUCCACCAAUCAGUUCUUUAUGGUAGAGUGACCAGACGGAAGCCACUCCUCAGUAAAAGGAACAUAACAGCCCACUUGGAGUUUGCCAAAAGGCACCUAAAGGACUCUCAGACCAUGAGAAACAAGAUUCGCUGGUCUGAUGAAACCAAGAUUGAACUCUUUGGCCUGAAUGCCAAGCGUCACGUCUGGAGGAAACCUGGCACCAUCCCUACGGUGAAGCAUGGUGGUGGCAGCGUCAUGCUGUGGGGAUGUUUUUCAGCGGCAGGGACUGGGAGACUAGUCAGGAUCGAGGGAAAGAUUAAUGGAGCAAAGUACAGAGAGAUCCUUGAUGAAAACUUGCUCCAGAGCGCUCAGGACCUCAGACUAGGGCGAAGGUUCACCUUCCAACAGGACAACGACCCUAAGCACACAGCCAUGACAACGCAGGAGUGGCUUCAGGACAAGUCUCUGAAUGUCCUUGAGUGGCCCAGCCAGAGCCCGGACUUGAACCAGAUCUAACAUCUCUGGAGAGACCUGAAAGUGACUGUGCACCGACGCUCCCCAUCCAACCUGACAGAGCUUGAAAGGAUCUGCAGGGAAGAAUGGGAGAAACUCCCCAAAUACAGGUGUGCCAAGCUAGUAGCGUUGUACCUAAGAACACUUGAGGCUGUAAUCGCUGCCAAAGUUGCUUCAACAAAGUACUGAGUAAAGGGUCUGAAUACUUAUGUAAAUGUGAUAUUUCCGUUUUUAUUUUUUAUAAAUUUGAUGGCCACUCCAAAACCUUGAUUUUGUUGUCCUUAAGCCAUUUUGCCACAACUUUGGAAGUAUGCUUGGGGUCAUUGUCCAUUUGGAAGACCCAUUUGCGACCAAGCUUUAACUUCCUGACUGAUGUCUUGAGAUGUUGCUUCAAUAUAUUCACAUAAUUUUUCUUCCUCGUGAUGCCAUCUAUUUUGUGAAGUGCACCUCCUGCAGCAAAGCACCCCCACAGAUUGAUGCUGCCACCCCCGUGCUUCACGGUUGGGAUGGUGUUCUUCGGCUUGCAAGCCAUCCCCUUUUUCCUCCAAACAUAACGAUGGUCAUUAUGGCCAAACAGUUCUAUUUUUGUUUCAUCAGACCAGAGGACAUUUCUCCAAAAAGUACGAUCUUUGUCCCCAUGUGCAGUUGCAAACCGUAGUCUGGCUUUUUUAUGGCGGUUUUGGAGCAGUGGCUUCUUCCUUGCUGAGCGGCCUUUCAGGUUAUGUCGAUAUAGGACUCGUUUUACUCUGGAUAUAGAUACUUUUGUACCUGUUUCCUCCAGCAUCUUCACAAGGUCCUUUGCUGUUGUUCUGGGAUUGAUUUGCACUUUUCGCACCAAAGUACAUUCAUCUCUUGGAGACAGAACGCGUCUCCUUCCUGAGCGGUAUGACGGCUGCGUGGUCCCAUAGUGUUUAUAUUUGCAUACUAUUGUAUGAAUGUGGUACCUUCAGGCGUUUGGAAAUUGCUCCCAAGGAUGAACCAGACUUGUGGAGGUCUACAAUUUUUUUUCUGAGGUCUUGGCUGAUUUCUUUUGAUUUUCCCAUGAUGUCAAGCAAAGAGGCACUGAGUUUGAAGGUAGGCCUUGAAAGACAUCCACAGGUACACCUCCAAUUGACUCAAAUGAUGUCAAUUAGCCUAUCAGAAGUUUCUAAAGCCAUGACAUCAUUUUCUGGAAUUUUCCAAGCUGUUUAAAGGCACAGUCAAUUUAGUGUGUGAUACAGUGAAUUAUAAGUGAAAUAAUCUGUCUGUAAACAAUUGUUGGAAAUAUGACUUGUGUCAUGCACAAAGUAGAUUUGCCAAAGCUAUAGUUUGUUAACAAGAAAUGUGUGCAGUGGUUGAAAAACAAGUUUUAAUGACUCCAACCUAAGUGUAUGUAAACUUCCGACUUCAACUGUAACUCUUAUUUUAUUUUUAUUUCGAAUUUAAUGUAAUAUCUUAUGUUGCUCUUGUCUAUAACUUUUCUGUGCUUUACCAUGUAUUUGUAUGUUUUAUGUGGACUCCAGGAUGAGUAGCUGCUGCAUGUGAAGUAGCUAAUGGGAAUCCUAAUGAACUAAACCUGUAAAGCCGCUCCUGUUCAUCCCUAAGCUUUAUACUAUACAGUAGGUAGGCCUUGACUCCAAUUCCAACAGUACCUGCCAUUGCACCCAUGUCCUUUACUUCUUUACCUUGUAUUAUCAUUGACUGAUGCUAUUGUGUGGUUUCCAGUACAGGUUACCACUGAGGUACUGUAUGCAGUAGAGCUGGGUGAUAAGGACAUAAAUCCAUAUCGCAAUAAAUUGCCAGAAUUGACGCGAUAAUGAUAAAUUAUAACAUUAAUCUGCACCACAGUUUUUAAUUAUUAUUCUUUAAACUACUACUACUAGUUUGAUGGUUGUAGCCAUCAAUGAUCCCAUUAACAAAUCACCCAUAUUAGCAAACUUUCAUUUCAAAUUUCAAAUUUCUCUAGUAUAGGCUACAAUAUCAGCAAAAUGCAUGCGAUAAGUGAUCGGCACUGAUGGUGUUUAUGAUUUUCGGUUUAUCGUCCCAGCUCUAGUAUGCAGUUCAUGGAUAAUAUUCACCUACCUGUAAAUUUAAUGGAGUGCCGCAUUGCAUUAUGGUUAACACAUCAUUACUGUAGUAGACUGAGUCCUGUUUAAUUUAUGAGUGACCGUAAUACAAUGGCUUCUGUAUUAUCCUUCAUAAAGGUACAUGGUAGGUUCAGAUAUUCCUAUCUCAGGAUUCUACACAACAUCCGGACAAAAGAGCAACAAAGAGAUAUAAAGCAAUCCAAUAACGUUCCACAGCAUUCUAUUUCAUUUCGGUACAACACCACUUUGCUGUCUGUCUGUUGAUAUACAGAGAGGUGCCUUAAAAUCCCAUCAUGUGCUUAAGGGACACCUGGAACCCUCUACUGUCUAUAGGGAUUAAUAAACAAAUUGUUAUUACUCCUGUUGUGAUAUUCAUGGACUUUUCUGGCACAAGAAUCCUGUCUGGUUUUGAACGUCAUGUAGACAGCAAGGCCCCAAAUUCUUGGUGAUGAUAUUCUGUCAUGGACGGGAUGAUUGAUUUAAGCAAUAAGGCCCAAGGGGGUGUGGUAUAUGGCCAAUAUACCACGGCUAAGGGCUAUUCUUAAGCACGAUGCAACACGGAGUGCCUGGUUACAGCCCUUAGCCGUGGUAUAUUGGUAAUAUACCACAAACACCCGAGGUGCCUUAUUGCUAUUAUUAACUGGUUACCAACAUAAUUAGAGCAGAAGAAAUACAUGUUAUGUCAUACCCACGGUAUGAAAAUCCGCAUUCAGGGCCAAUCUCUCUCUCUCUCUCUCUCUCUCUCUCUCUGUGUCUAUUUCAGGGUCCAGUUUUGGGCUAAUAUCCUUUCAGUGCAACUACGCGAGACUACCACAAGAUACUCGGGAGCUAACAUUCUACAAAAGGUAAAAUAUGUUGCUUUUUUUAGGUUUGUUGGGCAAACUACAAUCACAACUUGCAACAUAGUUUUUCACCGAAAGACGAACCACACAUUAUUUCACAUUUCCACCUGAGAUGCUCAAAAGCGUCACACUUAUGACCAUCUACCCCAUUCGUCCCUUGUCUCACCACGUGUCUUAACCUCAUGUGGCGCCUCAUAUUCUCCUCUAACACCACCCGCCACCUGUAAUCUCAUUAUGUCCACCAAGUCAGUGAGUGUGAUGUUGGUGCCAGAGCCAGGUGUUCACACUCUAUCUAAAGGGCUUCCCCAUCCGUUAGGUUCUGUUGGUCAGGUAUGGGAGAGGGAGAGACUUGGCACAGCUAGUGGCACAGGGCAACAGACAGACACACACAGGCCACAGGGCAGCUAGGCUACUUACAGGAUCACACUAAUCUAAUGCCCAGCUUUACUGGAGGGACCAGGAACUCUUUACCAUAAUGAUCAUCAGGAUGUUAUGUCCUGUACUUGUUUCAGAUAGUCAUGUUCCAAUACUGUUUUAAGAAUGUUUGUUGUGUUUGUUUGUUUUGUUUGUUUUGUUUGUCUCUACUCUAAUUAUUCAAUUUCCAUGACUACUGUUUUAUGGUUUGCUGAUGUUGUCUAUGUUACAUGUCUACCUCAAUAUCUGAUUUUCCUGACAUAAUGAUGACCAUUGUGGACUCAUCCCACUAGGCAAAAACUGGUUGAAUCAACGUUGUUUCCACCCAAAUAAAUCUAUGUGAUGACAUUGAAUCAACGUGGGAAAUUAAUUGGAUUUGCAAAAAGUCAUCAACGUGAGAGCAUUUCGUCUUGUUUUCACCCAACUUUUAACCUAAAUCCAAUUACAUGAUGCCCAGUGGAACUGUACCUGUGAAUUGCCUGAGUAAAAACACUGGUAUCCAGCAUGGCUGAACUAUCUCCCAACCAGAGCUAUUCACACAUGACUACUCUAAUAGCCUCAGUAUACACCAUAUGAAGCCUUCAGCCUUCAGUAUAUGGAUUGCUUGGUUAAUUGGGAUUAUUGAGUAACUUAAUCAAGUAAUUAAGACCUAAAAUUAAAGUAAAUCCAGAGGACUCCGCUGGCUCUGUUUGGACUCCCGUCCUCUACUUAUUUACAGGUACCUCAAAUGGAUUGAAGUAAUGGCUCACACUUAACUUUCAAUCAGUUCUAAGAGAAAAUUAUACAUGUAGUAUGACAAUGAAACAUUUGGAGCUGUAUUUUAUUUCCUGUACAAAUGGGAACGCAGAUGAUCAAAGUUAUUGUAUCAAUCAUAGUAAAAGGUGUUGUUGAAUAUCCCCUCCCUUGCUCUUUUCAGAAACUCAAAGAUGUGGAGUCCAUUAUUAAGAUAGUGGACAUCGAUGGGAGAGACCAAGUGAGGGACUUUGCAGAGGACAUGGAGAGAAUGCUGGGGUCCAAGAUGAAGUCAGUUAAGGUGAGUACAGAGGUCAGAGGUCAGAGGUCUCUCUCUCCUGCCAAGUAGUUUUUUCUUAUUUUUAACUAUGUAAGACAACCUAAGACACAUUAGAUUACCUCGCGGACCAGAUUUGCCCUCGGGCCGCCAGUUGAUGUCCCCUGCUGCAUCAUAACCUCUUUGAGUUACCACCCACAGAACUGUUACCAUGUGUGUUGUGGUUAGGCUUGUGGUUUGAGAAACGUCUUUAAAUAAUAAAUAGCUUUAUUUUCUCCUUAGAGGUUGGCUGAGUCUGCGGAGGAUGCAGAUUUGUACCACGACUUCAACAAAACUCUACAGGUUUGUCAUUCUAUCUGUCUGUGGGAAUAUGAGAUCUCAGAUUUAUCAAAGUAUUGCUAAUAUGAUUUUCACAAAACUAUUCUACAGUACCACAAUAGAGAAAAUGAAAUGCCUAACCAUCAUGCACAUUUUGAUUACCACAAAAACAAACAAUACCAGCAGAAGCCUUUUUCAGAUAGAAUAUAGGCUACCGUACACUUCUAAUGUUACUCGACUUACAACAAUACUCAAAUCAUAGUUGAUGAAUAUGAAUUUAACUUUUCCACCCUUCCCAUGCUGUGUCCUUCUCCAGUUUGACUACUAUAACUCCAUGCUGGUGAACACAGCGGAUGAAGAUGGUAACUUCAUAGAGCUGGGUGGGGAGUUUCCUCUGGAGGAGAAUGAGCAUUUCAACAACCUGCCAGUCAACACAAUGCAGAGUGACGUACAGGUUCCAACCAACGUCUACAACAAAGGUGUGUGCGAUGAAGUUUAAACACACAGCAAUAAUUGUUUUCGGGCCCUUGGAUCCAAAUCCUAACUUAUCUAUGCAUGAAGCACAGAUUUUGCAUAAAUCACACAUUGAAUUCAAUGAGAGAUUAGCAUGAAAGAAAACUGGGUUAGGUGUGGCUUAGUCAGCCUUUAAAGUGAAACAGGUGACAGUUACUAUAUGUGAUGUCACACUUUCCAUCUCACUCAUUUGCUGCUCUCUCUUUCUCCUCUGUGUAAAGAUGCCUACAUCCUCAAUGGAAUCUACUGGUCGGAGGCUCUGAAUGACGUGUUCAUGAACAACUUCCAGAAAGACCCCACCCUCACCUGGCAGUAUUUUGGCAGCUCCUCAGGAUUCUUCAGAAUCUACCCUGGUAAAGGACCAGAGGAGGCUGGUGGGAGCUAUAGGAGGACGGGCUCAUUGUAUUGGCUGGAAUGGAAUAAUUGUAUCCGUUUCAUACACAUCAAAGACAUGGAAACCACGUUUACAUUUACAUUUUAGUCAUUUAGCAGAUGCUCUUAUCCAGAGCGACUUACGUUUGAUUCUGUUCCAUGUGUUCCAUUCCAGGCAUUACAAUGAGCCCAUCCUCCUAUAGCUCCUCCCACCAGCCUCUACUGUAAAGGACUAAGCAAACAACUAUCAUGUUUGGAGCCCUCAGUCAGCUCCAUACAACUGCUAGCAUUAAGUAGCACAGAAUAGUGUAUAGAAUAGUGUGGUUAGUAAGGGAUAAUCAACGAGGGGCUGUGCAUUCUUUGGAAAAUAAUGCACGACGUGGAAUUAACCUUCCACGAAGUUGCAUUAUUUUCCAGAGAACACAUAGAGCCCUGAGUUGAUUAUCCCUUUUAGACCAUGGCUAUAAAUUAACAUUUUUGCCGCUAGAAAUGUAUUCAUUUUCCAGUAGAAAUGUGACAACAUAGUAGCUAGCAAGUUUACUAGCUAGCUAGAUAGCUACAGUAGUUGCUUUGGUAACCAAGCAAACAGACUUGCUAGCUUAGCUAACCAAACCAUCAUCCUAGCUUGCUAUUAUGAAAAUCGAAUUCAACAAAACUUUUGCAGCUCAAAAAUAGAACAUGUAAGAAUUAACUUCAAUUAUAUCGUGCAAUUAUACUGUGCGUUAUAGGGAAAUAAUGUAUGCUCUAGAAUGCCCUUUAAGCAAAUCAGAAAGGAGUAUUCAACAAUGCUAUGGUAUAAUAGUGUAUAAAUCCAGAGUAUAGCGUAGCAGAAAAGAUAGCACAGCAAAACAAAAAUGACAUCUGUUUUAAGAUGUCAACUUCAAUAUAAUGUUGUAGGAUUUGAAUGGAUGCCAUGAUGUUUACUCACUGUAGAGAUGGUGUGAAUGUAUUUUGUAUACAGGUAUCAAAUGGACUCCAGAUUCGAAUGGUGUGGCUGCGUUUGACUGCAGGAACCGUAACUGGUAAGCUAUUAGUAAAUCUACUAGCUCUGCUAGUAGCCUCUGGGUGGCAUCGACCUUGACAAGAGUAUGACACUUCCUGGUAUCAAUGUGACAAGGGGAGGAGUUAGGCACUAAGACAUGUUAUGUGACCUGAUAUACCUUAAGACUGUAUAGACUUAUGUGACAUCUAUAUGCAAGCUUAAAUUUAUUUACUUUUUGGCUUUUUAAAUUGAACAAGACUUCACUGCAGCAUUCACCCUACUUUAAUUUACUUAGCCAGAGGUAAGAGAGUGUAUAGUGCCGUGGAUAUGUUGCUCUAAUGUGGCAGGUCCUAGGACCUGGCCAUGUAAUGCACCCACACCACCCUUGAGCUGGCAGUUUAAAGAAUGGGAUGGAAACUGUGAUUAUCAACCAUGCUCCAACAACAAGUUCCAUGAUAUAAUUAAUGACAGCUGAGAGUCAGGACCUUGAUUUACCGUCUCAUGUGGAGUCCAGCAUGAGUCCCCUAUCACUUCUGUUAGGCCGUGGGGUCUUCCUAGGCCAGAGGGAGGAUAUCACCCCAACUGGCCAAUCAGUAGCACUUCCAGCUUCCAGGUAUUCAACAGGCCGUGUUGAUGAGGUUUAGGUAGUAUAUGGCUGUCCUCCCUGUCUCUCCACUCAGUUAGAGAGUGUCCUGGGACCUGGGCUGUCCCUGGGUUUCAGAUUAGCGGCACGGAUAGCACCCAAGGCUCUGAAUACAGCAACACAGCAACACAGCGAGAUACAGACAGGCCAGGCCAGGACAGUCUGAUCGGAUCCCAUAGAAAUACUUUAAGCUGCUCCUUAAGUGGUUAACCAACAGCUCAAUACCCAGGUCAGUGGGGUUCACAUGGGCGCCAUAUGUCCCUGUUUAUAUACAGUGGGGAGAACAAGUAUUUGAUACACUGCCGAUUUUGCAGGUUUACCUACUUACAAAGCAUGUAGAGGUCUGUAAUUUUUAUCAUAGGUACACUUCAACUGUGAGAGACGGAAUCUAAAACAAAAAUCUAGAAAAUCACAUUGUAUGAUUGUAAAGUAAUUAAUUUGCAUUUUAUUGCAUGACAUAAGUAUUUGAUACAUCAGAAAAACAGAACUUAAUAUUUGGUACAGAAACCUUUGUUUGCAAUUACAGAGAUCAUACGUUUCCUGUAGGUCUUGACCAGGUUUGCACACACUGCAGCAGGGAUUUUGGCCCACUCCUCCAUACAGACCUUCUCCAGAUCCUUCAGGUUUCAGGGCUGUCGCUGGGCAAUACGGACUUUAAGCUCCCUCCAAAGAUUUUCUAUUGGGUUCAGGUCUGGAGACUGGCUAGGCCACUCCAGGACCUUGAGAUGCUUCUUACGGAGCCACUCCUUAGUUGCCCUGGCUGUGUGUUUCGGGUCGCUGUCAUGCUGGAAGACCCAGCCACGACCCAUCUUCAAUGCUCUUACUGAGGGAAGGAGGUUGUUGGCCAAGAUCUCGCGAUACAUGGCCCCCAUCCAUCCUCCCCUCAAACAGUUGUUACCUUCUCACCAAGCUGCUUGCCUAUUGUCCUGUAGCCCAUCCCAGCCUUGUGCAGGUCUACAAUUCUAUCCCUGAUGUCCCUACACAGCUCUCUGGUGUUGGCCAUUGUUGAGAGGUUGGAGUCAGUUUGAUUGAGUGUGUGGACAGGUGUCUUUUAUACAGGUAUCGAGUUCAAACAGGUGCAGUUAAUACAGGUAAUGAGUGGAGAACAGGAGUGUUUCUUAAAGAAAAACUAACAGGUCUGUGAGACCUGGAAUUCUUACUGGGUGGUAGGUGAUCAAAUACUUAUGUCAUGCAAUAAAAUGCAAAAUGAAUUACUUAAAAAUCAUACAAUGUGAUUUUCUGGAUUUUUGUUUUAGAAUUCAGUCUCUCACAGUUGAAGUGUACCUAUGAUAAAAAUUACAGACCUCUACAUGCUUUGCAAGUAGGGAAACCUGCAAAAUCGGCAGUGUAUCAAAUACUUGUUCUCCCCACUAAGUACACAAGUAUAAACACCAUGGGACCACGCAGCCAUCAUACCGCUCAGGAAGGAGACACGUUCUGUCUCCUAGAGAUGAACGUACUUUACUGCGUGGCCAAGCACACCUCCAACUCAAUCAUCAAGUUUGCAGAUGACACAACAGUAGUAGGCUUGAUUACCAACAAUGACGAGACCGCCUACAAUAACCCCAAGCAUACUUCCAAAGUUGUGGCAAAAUGGCUUAAGGACAACAAAGUCAAGGUAUUGGAGUGGCCAUCACAAAGCCCUGACCUCAAUCCUAUAGAAAAGUUCGGCAGUGUAUCAAAUACUUGUUCUCCCCACUGUACAUGUAGAUAUAAAAAAGACCAAAUAGGUAGGUGUGUGUGUGUGUGUGUGCGCGUAUGUACUGUAUGUGUGUGCGCGUGUGAGUGUGUGUGUGCGCAUUUGCAUCUGUCAUGUUUUGAAACUAAAUUCAUAGGGAGGGGCACUGUGGUUGGGAUGUUAUACAGUGCCCUAUGCUGUAGGCCUACACAGCUUUUUUAUUUAAUGUGGAUCGUUAUGUCAAGUGGUUGUGAAUUAUAUGGGGAAAGUAUUUUCAUGAAGCAGUAUGAGAGAGUGAGAUAGAACCGUUGACUGGGGGCUCCAUCCUACGGUCCUGCAGUGCGCCGUACUCUACUCCCUGUACCACACAAGCUUGGGCCUCAAGUACAGUAGAGGUAGAGAAUCCUCACAUAGUGUACACCAUAAUGUUACAGUCCUAUCUCUCUCCCCCUGUCCCCCAGGUAUAUCCAGGCUGCCACCUCACCAAAGGACAUUAUUAUCGUGGUGGACAUCAGCGGCAGUAUGAAGGGUCUGAAGAUGACCAUCGCCAAGCACACCAUCAACACCAUCCUGGACACACUGGGGGAGAACGACUUUGUCAACGUCAUCGCUGUGAGUCAAGCACUCCUCCUGCCAUUAAGCACCAGCAGAACAAGACAUCUCAAACACAGGGUCUUGUGAUUUCCAUGUGUUGAAACGUGAAAGAUUCACCCUCAUCUUCAGUUGGUGUUUAGUUGACUAAGCCAUCACCAUUACAUCAUCACACCUUUACACAUUACCUGUUACACCAUUACUCUGUUACAUCGCAGCACUGUUACACUGUUGACAGGACUACAGCCUGACAGACCUGUGCUAACUCCAACCCUGCCUUGUCGUCCUUUCUCCCCCCAGUACACUGACUACGUGCGCUACGUAGAGCCAUGCUUCAAAGGCACCCUGGUGCAGGCUGACUUGGACAACCGCGAGGUAAGCCCAUUAUCUUCUUCAGGUAAGCUGUGGCCACUAAGCCACGGAGCCCUUACCUCUCAGCAGGGCUCUAGCAACUCAAAGUGUUCUGUUAUGACAUUACACCCCUAUGGAGUGGGAGCAUGAAGGGCCACCUUGGCUGUCAGUCAUGCUGCUAAGCUAGGUGUGGAGUAGUUGGCUCCACCUAUUGGCAUAGUUCCUACUUCCUGUAUUGGCCCAGUGUGGAUCAGAGAGCAGGCCAGGUCAGCUGUCAUUCACAACCAUCAGCCUACUGUAGAGAGAGACUGUAAUGGAGUGUGACUGACAGGGAUGGAAUCAUUUAAAAAUAUGUAUACUAUAAUAUGUAGAACACAAAAUUACAUAUAUGAUAUAGAAAUGUAAUGUAUUCAUAAAAUGUAUUGAUAAGUCAAUCGACACGAUUUUAGCGUGCAGAAUUUUAGCGUGCAGGGAGGCAGGGAGGCAAGCAUACUGGCCGGUAAACUUGCGCUGGGUGAUUUAUGAGCAGAGCCACAAAUGUUUUCCUGUUUGGUUUUAGCCACCUAGCAUCUGCUCCUACAGUAUAUCCCACAACCAGAUCCUCUCAGGAACAUUCUGGAUGCCUCUGGCACCAUGAUGGGUAAAACCUCAGGAAUGAGGUUCACACUCUGGUUACCCUUAGGACCUAGAUGACUCUCUGUUGUUAAGGUAAAUAGUUGCCAGGUGUGUUAAGUAAACAAACCUGGAGCAUUACACAUUUGAAACUCCUUAUUUGCAUUAUAGUUUUCAAUCAAUCAAAUACCAUUGGAAUAGUGUGUUUAAUAAAAUUGUCACAAAGAGCUUUAUAGCCAUUAACCAGUGACUGCAACCAGGUCACAGUGGCCAUGAAAAACCCUCUUGGUAUUCAGUCAACUGGACUGGUGUAUUUGACCUUACACUGUCCUGUCCUGUCCUGUGCUAUGCUGUGUUGUGCUGCAUAUCUGUCUGUACAUCACAUUGUUUUCUCACCAUAAAAGGUGCUCUCUCAAUUCAAUCAGAUUUCAAUUUAAGGGCUUUAUUGGCAUGGGAAACAUGUUUACAUUGCCAAAGCAAGUGAAAUAGAUAAUAAACAAAAAUGAAAUAAACAAUACAAAAAAUUAACAGUAAACAUUACACUCACAAAAGUUCCAAAAGAAUAAAGACAUUUCAAAUGUCAUUUAUGUCUAUACACAGUGUUAUAAUGAUGUGCAAAUAGUUAAAGUACAUCAAUGGUGUUUUUUCUUCACUGGUUGCCCUUUUCUUCUCUCUCUCUCUCUCUCUCUCUCUCUCUCUCUCUCUCUCUCUCUCUCUCUCUCUCUCUCUCUCUCUCUCUCUCUCUCUCUCUCUCUCUCUCCGUCUCUCUCCCUCUCUCUCUCUCUCUCCCUCUCUCUCCCUCUCCCCCCCCCCCCUCUCUCUCUCUCUCUCUCGCUCUACCUCUCUCUCUCUCGCUCCAGCAUUUUAAGGUGCUAGUGGCUGAGCUUCAUGUGAAAGGAGAGGGAAAAGUUGCAAAGGCCAUGAAAGAAUCCUUCAAAAUUCUGAACGAGGUUUGCUUCCAACACACACACACACACACAUACUUCCACACACUUGCUGUUGGCCCAGUCUCAUUCCUUCCCUGUGUGGUGCUUCCUCCCAGGCUGCGACCAAGGGCCAGGGCAGCCUGUGUAACCAGGCCAUCAUGCUGAUCACAGAUGGAGCCAUGGAGGACUUCAAAGACGUGUUUGAAGAGUUCAACUGGCCUGAUCGCAGGGUACUGUAGGGCAAAUCUACAAUUUACUCUAUAUGAAUAACUACAGUGAGGGAAAAAAGUAUUUGAUCCCCUGCUGAUUUUGUACAUUUGCCCACUGACAAAGAAAUGAUCAGUCUAUAAUUUUAAUGGUAGGUGUAUUUGAACAGUGAGAGACAGAAUAACAACAAAAAAAUCCAGAGAAAUGCAUGUAAACAUUUUUAUAAAUUGAUUUGCAUUUUAAUGAGGGAAAUAAGUAUUUGACCCCUCUCAAUCAGAAAGAUUUCUGGCUCCCAGGUGUCUUUUAUACAUGUAACGAGCUGAGAUUAGGAGCACACUCUUAAAGGGAGUGCUCCUAAUCUUAGUUUGUUACCUGUAUAAAAGACACCUGUCCACAGAAGCAAUCAAUCAAUCAGAUUCCAAACUCUCCACCAUGGCCAAGACCAAAGAUCUCUCCAAGGAUGUCAGGGACAAGAUUGUAGACCUACACAAGGCUGGAAUGGGCUACAACACCAUCGCCAAGCAGCUUGGUGAGAAGGUGACAACAGUUGGUGCGAUUAUUCGCAAAUGGAAGAAACACAAAAUAACUGUCAAUCUCCCUCGGCCUGGGGCUCCAUGCAAGAUCUCACCUCGUGGAGUUGCAACGAUCAUGAAAACGGUGAGGAAUCAGCCCAGAACUACACGGGAGGAUCUUGUCAAUGAUCUCAAGGCAGCUGGGACCAUAGUCACCAAGAAAACAAUUGGUAACACACUACGCAGUAAAGGACUGAAAUCCUGCAGCGCCUGCAAGGUCCCCCUGCUCAAGAAAGCACAUAUAAAGGCCUGUCUGAAGUUUGCCAAUGAACAUCUGAAUGAUUCAGAGGAGAACUGGGUGAAAGUGUUGUGGUCAGGUGAGACCAAAAUCGAGAUCUUUGGCAUCAACUCAACUCGUGUUUGGAGGAGGAGGAAUGCUGCCUAUGACCUCAAGAACACCAUCCCCACCGUCAAACAUGGAGGUGGAAACUAGAGCAUGGCAUUUGUAAUGCCAGGGUUGUGGGUUCGAUUCCAGUAUAAAAAAAAAUAUUUAAAAAAAUUAUGCACUCACUAACUGUAAGUCGCUCUGGAUAAGAGCGUCUGCUAAAUGACUAAAAUGUAAAUGUAAAUGAAACAUUAUGCUUUGGGGGUGUUUUUCUGCUAAGGGGACAGGACAACUUCACCGCAUCAAAGGGACGAUGGACGGGGCCAUGUACCGUCAAAUCUUGGGUGAGAACCUCCUUCCCUCAGCCAGGGCAUUGAAAAUGGGUCGUGGAUGGGUAUUGCAGCAUGACAAUGACCCAAAACACACAGCCAAGGCAACAAAGGAGUGGCUCAAAAAGAAGCACAUUAAGGUCCUGGAGUGGCCUAGCCAGUCUCCAGACCUUAAUCCCAUAGAAAAUCUGUGGAGGGAGCUGAAGGUUCGAGUUGCCAAACGUCAGCCUCAAAACCUUAGUGACUUGGAGAAGAUCUGCAAAGAGGAGUGGAACAAAAUCCCUCCUGAGAUGUGUGCAAACCUGGUGGCCAACUACAAGAAACAUCUGACCUCUGUGAUUGCCAACAAGGGUUUUGCCACCAAGUACUAAGUCAUGUUUUGCAGAGGGGUCAAAUACUUAUUUCCCUCAUUAAAAUGCAAAUCAAUUUGUAACAUUUUUGACAUUCGUUUUUCUGGAUAUUUUUGUUGUUAUUCUGUCUCUCACUGUUCAAAUAAACCUACCAUUAAAAUUAUAGACUGAUCAUGUCUUUGUCAGUGGGCAAACGUACAAAAUCAGCAGGGGAUCAAAUAAUUUUUUCCCUCACUGUACAUACCCACUUGACCUACAGUAAUACCUAUUUACGGUACAUUCAAAUAAAAUAAAAUACAAUUGGAUUGGUCGCAUACACAUAUUUAGCAGAUGUUAUUGUGGGUGUAGCGAAAUGCUUGUGUUCCUAGCUCCAGCAGUGCAACAUCUAACAAUACACAACAAGUAAAUUAUUCUGUUCUUCUAUUUCCCUACUGCCCCAGAACAGCUAGGUAUUUUGAGGACAUCACCUUAACGGCCUUAUCAGUUUAUUAUGUUCAGUAUUUACUUAAUGAACUUAUUGAAUUGAAUAUCAGUCUCCAAUACUGUCUCUUUCAGGUGCGCCUCUUCACUUACCUUAUAGGCAGAGAGAUGACCUUCGCGGACAACACCAAGUGGAUCGCCUGCAACAACAAGGGUUAUUACACACACAUCUCCACUCUGGCUGACGUGCAGGAGAAUGUCAUGGAGUACCUUCAUGUCCUGAGCCGACCAAUGGUCAUCAAUCACAAUCAUGACAUCAUCUGGACCGAGGCUUACAUGGACACUGUGGUGAGUACGGCAGCUAUACUUACCCAGUGUGUGCUUUGCCUAAUAACUGUAGUACAUUCUGCCUUUUCUUACAGGACCAAAUCUGCACUUUCUUUGGCUUCAAAGGCAAAGUGUUGUUGUUGCAUUUAACCUCAUGUUUGUCACCUCACACUGUCCUGUUUGAAAGUCAGCUGUCUACUGUAUUGUCAAGGUGUGUUGUCAGUGAUAUUAGUUCAUUAGUUCAUUCAUUCUGUGCAUCUGUGUUGUUCAUGACUCCUCCCUGUUUUUGUCUUCUGUCCUGUUACUGUGCUCAUUCUCUCAUCUCACCUGACCUCUAUCACCGGACCUGACCCUCACUCACUCACACUGACAGCUACCCAAUACGAAGGAGGUAAAAAGAGACUGUGGGAAAUACAGCUUGUCUGAUAGGGAAGCCCUUUUAGUGCGGUCCUCUUCUGUUUAGGCCUUGUGGUAAUAGUGAAUGCGGUCUCCCAAGCUUUCGAUAGGCUAUCACCAACUGCAGUUGUAUGGCACCCUCUAGUGUAGCGAUUCUUAAUUGCAGGUAUUAGUCGUUAACAAGUAGGAGCAGUACCAGAACCAACAGCUUGAUUUGGUUUAGGAUAAACAAAAGAUGAUUUGUGAUGCAUAAAUAUGUACUAACGCUGCAAUUUUUCCUCCAGCUCUUUGCCACAAAGGCUCAAAGUUUACUUCUCAUGACCAGCGUGGCAAUGCCUGUCUUCAGCAAAAAGAAAGAGACGGUCAGUGGACUAAAAGCCUUUGUUAGAUUUAAAUCUAUAUUAAACAUAGGCAUGGUGGUAAUCAAAGUAAUAACAGUUAGAAGUUUGAAUUGUAGUAGUCUCUUUGAAUCACCAGACUCUUCUUCCCCAUGAGCCUGUUACAACUGUAGUAAUGUAGAGCUAUAAAAGGUAUGUGGUAUAUAUUUGAACCUGGUCAAGCAGCUCACUGUGUGCACAGUGCAGCAGUGUUGCAGUGACAUGUUACUGUAGUUGUUGUGCCGUUAGAAGUCUUAUAGACCCUCCUCUCCCGUUCUCCUCCAGCUGAGCCAUGGGAUCCUGCUGGGGGUGGUCGGUUCUGACAUCCCCCUGCUGGAGGUAAUGAAGCUGGCUCCCAGAUAUAGGCUGGGUCCCCAUGGUUACGCCUUCCUCAUCACCAACAAUGGGUACAUCCUGGCACACCCUGACCUACGUCCUCUGGUGAGUCCAACCGCUGUAGAGCUUAUGCCUGCUUCCGACUAUAGUCACUACUAGGGUUGCAAAAUUCGGGGAACUUUCAAUCAAUUCUGUGGUUUUCCCAAACUCCCGGUUGGUGGAUUCAUGGAAUCAGGAGGGAAAAAUCAGGAUUUCCGUGAUCCUCCAUCCAGGAUUUCUGGAAAACCAGGGAAUUUAUUUAAUGUUCCCAGAAUUUUGCAACACUAGUCACUACUAAUACAACAACGGUCCCUAUUUGUAAUACUAUAGUCACGACUGCAGUCACCAGUACUACUACCGCUGUAAAAACUACUACUACUACUACUACUACUACUACUACUACUACUACUACUACUACUACUACUACUACUACUACUACUACUACUACUACUACUCUGACCUGGUUUCAAAUCUCAAUUGAAAUCUUUCAUAUACUUUUAGUGUUUGUUUCAGGCUGCCUGGACUGUUACAUUCAACCAAUACACAAUAAUUAUCACACUUCUACACUGUUGCUUUAUUUCCAUUUGUAUUUAUAGAGUACAUAAUAUAGAUCUGAUGUUGUAGAAUUCUGAGACCAAAAAAUUAAAUACUAAAACAGUGGGAAAAGAUCAAUCACAACGAAAGACUCUUCACUGAGCAGUAUAAGACGAGAUAAGCAACUCUGCAACAUCCUCAAACAAAUAGGCAUCUUAAGCACUCACUUGAACACACACUUCAAACAUGUAACCUUAUUAAAAGCACAUAUAGGAUGCUUGUCCCAAAACAUAUCCAGUGGACUGUAGCACUCACAUGAACACUUAUACCUGUAAUAAGAUAUGCUAUCUUUUAGUUUUGCUGUUUUACCAACUGUCAUGUGAGUCACAUUUAAACCUGAAGGAGAGUAAGAGGAGGAGGAGGAGGAGGAGGAGGGGGAUGGGGAGGGGGAGGACAGAAAUAUGUUUUCCCUGCAGCGAUUUACCACCAACAACAGGCUGAUAGAUCAAGCUCCUCUUGGACCGUUGUCAUGUUGAGAUGGUGUGAGAUGUAGAAAGAGCAUGCAAUACUGUUGAGUUUAGUAUUUUGGAGGGUGGUGCAAGGCACGUUGUGUUUUUAAAUUCUCAGGUGACUCUGGCCCUCAUAGCGAUAGAAAGAUAUGUGCAUCCACUACCUGAGAAUAAUAACUUCCAGGAAUGUGUGACUUGCUUUGACUGAUCAGAUGAUGCAGUAGUAGUCCUUAGACCUUGGAGGGAAAUCUCAAAGUGUCUGCAGUCCUCAGACUCAUCAGAUGUAUCUUCUACAACCUGUGUAGCUCAGUUGGUAGAGCAUGGCGUUUGCAACGCCAGGGUUGUGGGUUCGAUUCCCACGGGGGGACAGUAUGAAAAAAUGUAUGCACUCACUAACUGUAAGUCGCUCUGGAUAAGAGUGUCUGCUAAAUGACUAAAAUGUAAAUGUAUGUAUGCAGACCUUUGUCGGGAGGUCUCUCAACGGUGAUUGAUUUAAUUAAAACACAUUCAACCACAAUACUUAUCAAUGCUUGUCUACUCAGAGGAAAUUCCGGUUCAGGCAGCCUGGUCCCAGAUCUGUUUGUGUUCUUCCCAGCUCCAUUGUCAGUGACCACGCUCAAACAGUCAGUGACCACGCUCAAAAAGUCUAACCUAACGACCAUCUCAAUGUUCAAUUUGCAGAUUUUGUGAGGAGUCACUGAUUGGUUAUUGAACAGAGCAUGAAUAAUUUCAUUACAUGGUUAUAGAGUCUCAUAUGACAGCCUUAUGCUCACACCUUGAGCGGAACAGUGGAGGGUUGUAUUCAUUAGUGUGCACCGUAGCUAAAUGUUUUGCAACAGAAAAUGUAAACAAGCCUUUCUUAUUGGGCAACUUCAGCUUGUCCCUCCCAGGCAACCAUAAAAUGUGAUUCUGGGUGCCAAAGUUAUGCUGAGACCAAGGUCUCUUUUACAGAUGUGCCCUGUAUGCACUUGAAUACACAUCAAUUACACAUCAAUAUACACUAUACACAUCAAUUACACAUCAAUAUACACUAUACACAUCAAUUACACUUCAAUAUAUACUACACAAAUCAAUUACACUUCAAUAUACACUGUACACAUCAAUUACAUUUCAAUAUACACUAUACACAUCAAUUACACUUCAAUAUAUACUAUACACAUCAAUUACACAUCAAUAUACACUAUACACAUCCAUUACACAUCAAUAUACACUAUACACAUCAAUUACACUUCAAUAUAUACUACACAAAUCAAUUACACUUCAAUAUACACUGUACACAUCAAUUACAUUUCAAUAUACACUAUACACAUCAAUUACACUUCAAUAUAUACUAUACACAUCAAUUACACAUCAAUAUACACUAUACACAUCAAUUACACAUCAAUAUACACUAUACACAUCAAUUACACUUCAAUAUAUACUACACAUAUCAAUUACACUUCAAUAUACACUGUACACAUCAAUUACAUUUCAAUAUACACAUCAAUAUACACUAUACGUAUAAGCUGGAAGUAGAGGCCUAAGCAUUGUUGUUCACUAGUAAACUCCAAUUAGGGAAGGGGUGGUAGGGUUGGAAAGUAAUAAAGGGAAAUAUAAUUUUUUUUAAGGAUAUGUAUAUAUAUGUAUGUAGAUGUAUUUAUAUGUAUGCAUGUGUAUAUGUAUGUGUAUGUAUGUAUAUGUACUGUGUAUAUAUAUAUAUAUAUAUAUAUAUAUAUAUAUAUAUAUAUAUAUAUAUAUAUAUAUAUAUAUAUAUAUAUAUAUUUGCGAGAGAAAAAAACAUAUGGGGGAUUGGAAGUGAUGCAGACAAUUACAUUGAUGGAAGUUACAAUCUAUCUGCAAUAUUAAAGCUGAUCUACCCUAAAAAAAUAUAUAUAUAUAAUAUAAUAUAUAUACUAUACACAUCAAUUACACUUCAAUAUACACUAUACACAUCAAUAUAAACAUAAAUUACACAUCAUUAUAAACUGGGUGGUUCGACCCCUGAAUGUUGAUUGGCUGACAUCCAUGGUAUAUCAGACCAUAUACCACAGGUGUUACAAAACAUGUAUUUUUACUGCUCUAAUUAUGUUGGUAACCAGUUUAUAAUAGCAAUAAAGCAACUCGGGGGUUUGUGGUAUAUGGCCAAUAUACCACGGCUAAGGGAUGUGUCCAGGCACUCCGUGUUGUGUCGUGCUUAAGAACAGCCCUUAGCCGUGGUAUAUACUACACCUCCUUGUGCGUUGUUGCUUAAAUAUACACUAUACACAUCCAUUACACUUCAAUAUACACAUCAAUAUACACAUCAAUGUUCACAUCAAUAUACACAUCAAUAUACAAAUCAAUAUUCACAUCAAUAUUAACAUCAAUAUACAUAUCAAUAUUCACAUCAAUAUACACAUCAACAUACACAUCAAUAUUCACAUCAAUACACGCAAAGCAAAACACAAUCAUAGAAAACAAACAUGUUAUAUGGUCAAUAAUAAGCCUACUUGUUUCUUUUGGAGCCAGUUGCCAUGGAGAUAGAGCCUUUGGAGUCAGGAUACCAUGUUAUGGAGAUGUCCAUCAAACACAGUUGUCCUAAGUGAUCGGCUCAACCUAGAGAACACACACAUUACAGACAGACAGCUGAGGUUCUAUAUGAAACUUGUGUCUGUCCUCUUCCUGAUUCUUUUCACCCAUGUUGUCUUCCUCAUCUUCUUCUCUCCUGCCCCACAGUAUAAAGACGGUAAGACGCUGAAGCCCAAGCCCAACUACAACAGUGUGGACCUGGCUGAGGUGGAGUGGGAGGACAUAGAUGAGACAGUGAGUGGAAUAGUAGUAACAGUAAUACUACUACAUAGAUGAGACAGUGAGUAGUAUAGCAGUCAUAUUAAUACAUAGAUUAGACUGUGAGUAGUGUAGUAUUAACAGUAAAAAUACUACAUAUAUGAGAGAGUGAGUAGUAUAGUAGUAACAGUAAUAUUAAUACAUAGGUCUUCUACAGCGCUUUACAAUGAACAAAAAACAAUGAAUAAGUGAGCCAGGGUAUAAAAACAGGAGGAAAACGUUGAAUACACAUGUACAGUCAGGGGUGGACGGUUUCAAAAUGCCAUUGAGGGCCCCCCCAAAAUUGACAUUUUCCCACAAACAUUACCUGCUAUGAUUAUUGCACAUUUACAUACCAUAUCACAUAACUCACCGACAACCCACUGAAUAUCUUCAAUAGAGCUCGCCAGCUUGUAAUCCCAAAAACGGAAAUGAGUUAGCAUUUUCUAAUUCUGGUUCGUUCAGCUAUUCCUAUGGGGGAAUUGAAUGGGUUUUGGAUAAAAGCCAAAUAUAAGGUAUGAGGUUAACACCAGUUUAGGAGAUCUUAUACGCUUUGUUCUAUGAGAUAAUAUCAGUCAACUAACAUGACCUUUAUGAAUUAUGAAGCAUUUAUGUGCUUUAUGUGCUUGUUUUGAUUACAUAAAUGCUUCAAAAUUCACAAAAAGUGAGGUUAGCUGAUCAAUAUUAUGUCAUAGAACAAAACGUAUAAGAUCUCCUAAGCCUGUCUUUAGCACUUACCUUAUUGUCGCCGUUUAUCCAAAAACUCUCCAAAAAACCCAUUCAUUUCCCCAUAGGCUUUGUCCAACGAGCCAUGGCAGAGUUCGUACCUACAAAAAGACGCCAUUACUAUUUAUUUCAAUACAGUAGAACUCCUAUUCUAGGUAUGAAUAUAUAUGAAUGUAUUGUUCUGGGCUCUAACGGUGCUGGUUGGGUAAUUGGGCUGGUAAGGUAACUGAAUAAAAGAUCAACAGUGAUUGUGUGCAUUAAUGUGUGUGUUCUUCCCAGCUAAGGACAGCCAUGGUGAAAGGGGAGAUGGGCACUCUGUCUUUAAACGUGAGAGCAUCAGUGGACAAAGCAGUGAGUGGGACCUUGUGUGUGGGGGGAUUAGAUGUGGCUCAAUGCAUUAUGUCAAAUGUAAUAUUAAUAGUAGUCUCGUACACCCGACCCUAGGCAACAGCAGUGACUACAUUCUGGUUUCAAUGACUGGCUCUUUUGGCAACUUCAAUAAGGGAAGAAAAAAAAUCCUGUGCGGGUGCACUUCAGACAGACAACUCUCCCAACAAAUCAUGAGGCAGACAUGACAGAAUGUCGCGAUUCGAAACCAGGCAGGCAAAACCUUUGCAGUGGUUUUAUUGAAGGUAGUUGAUGUAAACUAGCCACUUGCAAAAUGCACUCAUUAAAAAUAUCCUCUGUGGUCUCCAUCUUGCUAGCUACUAUUUGGUAUUUUAUUCAAGCGGGUAAGGCAGUGACGUAGGCAGUGACGUAGUUCCUCUAUGCCAAACUGACGUUCCGUUACGUACAGACGUGUUAAGCCGGAACAUUUGAAAGUUGUGGUACUCAACCUGGAUGUCUAGAGGCACUAUAUUGAUUCUAACAACUGUCUCAUAACACAAUUCUCAUUUUUUCUUCACAACAGAAAAGGCCUUUGUUCUUAACAAAUGACUAUUUCUACAUAACCAUCAACGACACCCCAUUCAGGUAAUGGUGAUGCUAUGAUAGCGAGUGUGGUAUGUAGUCAUAGGCCGGUUGGGUUGAAUAAAGUCGACAUUGUCACUCACUCCACAUUGUAUGUAUUUCCCUCUGCAGUUUUGGUAUGGUGCUGACAAGGGGUCACGGACAGCUGAUGUUCAUGGGGACAGUCUCUGUGGAAGAGGGUAAGUGUCCCCCUCUCUACUGCCAUUGGCCACUCUCUGCCACUCAUCUCUCCCACUCUACUGCCAUUGGCCACUCUCUCUGCCACUCAUGUACUGCAGAACAAUCUGAUUUAUUUACUGGUUGCAUCCAAUCUCCCCUCAGGCCUGCAUGACCUGACAUCCCCUGAUCUAUCCCUAUCCAAUGAGUGGUAAGCACGGAUAAAUACUAACAAAUAAAGUAUUGACUGUAAUAUUAUAAAUUAUGUAUUAUUGGACUGUAAUGCUUAAAUGAUAGAGUAUUGGACUGUAAUACUCUAAAUACAUUUACUGAACUGUAACACUCUAAAUGAUGGAGUGUUGGACUGUAAUACUUUAUUGGCCUUAAAUGGCCCUUCAUGGAGUGAAAACCCCAUUGUCUUUCCGUUCAGGACGUACUGUGAGACAGACAUUGACCCACACCACCGCAAAUACUCUCAGCUUCAGGCUGUCAUUCGCUACCUGCAGGGGAAGGAGCCUGAUCUGGAGUGUGAGUACUGUCUCUACAGCCUGCUCCAUAAAUAACUACUUAUUCAACCCCAAUGCUAUUUAUUCAACCCUAACCCCAACGCUGAUGUUACCCUAACCCUAACCCUAACGCUGAUGUUACCCUAACCCUAACCCCAACGCUGAUGUUACCCUAACCCUAACCCUAACGCUGAUGUUACCCUAACCCUAACCCUAACGCUGAUGUUACCCUAACCCUAACCCUAACGCUGAUGUUACCCUAACCCUAACCCUAACGCUGAUGUUACCCUAACCCUGACCCCAACGCUGAUGUUACCCUAACCCUAACCCCAACGCUGAUGUUACCCUAACCCUAACCCCAACGCUGAUGUUACCCUAACCCUAACCCCAACGCUGAUGUUACCCUAACCCUAACCCUAACGCUGAUGUUACCCUAACCCUGACCCCAACGCUGAUGUUACCCUAACCUAACCCCAACGCUGAUGUUACCCUAACCCUAACCCCAACGCUGAUGUUACCCUAACCCUAACCCCAACGCUGAUGUUACCCUAACCCUAACCCCAACGCUGAUGUUACCCUAACCCUAACCCCCAACGCUGAUGUUACCCCUAACCCUAACCCUAACGCUGAUGUUACCCUAACCCUAACCCCAACGCUGAUGUUACCCUAACCCUGACCCUAACGCUGAUGUUACCCUAACCCUAACCCUAACGCUGAUGUUACCCUAACCCUAACCCCAACGCUGAUGUUACCCUAACCCUGACCCCAACGCUGAUGUUACCCUAACCCUAACCCCAACGCUGAUGUUACCCUAACCCUAACCCCAACGCUGAUGUUACCCUAACCCUAACCCCAACGCUGAUGUUACCCUAACCCUAACCCCAACGCUGAUGUUACCCUAACUCUAACCCCAACGCUGAUGUUACCCUAACCCUAACCCUAACGCUGAUGUUACCCUAACUCUAACCCCAACGCUGAUGUUACCCUAACCCUAACCCUAACGUAUUUGUUGUGGAUCCCCAGGAAGACUAGCGGUUGUGAGGGCAUCAGCUAAUGGGGAUAAUAAAGAUGAUUAUUAAGACAAAUAAACAAGUCUAAUAUCAGGCAGAUAUCAGGUUUGAUGUUGACUGAGUGUCUGUGAGUCCCAGGUGAUGAGGUGUUGCUGCAGCAGACCCUGUUUGAUGCCGUAGUGACAGCCCCCUUAGAAUCCUACUGGCAGGCCAUCAUGCUCAAUGCAUCUGGGUAAGACUACCAAAUUAUCCUUUUUUCACUCAUUUCCUUAGCUAGUGUGUGUGUGUGUGUGUGUGUGUGUGUGUGUGUGUGUGUGUGUGUGUGUGUGUGUGUGUGUGUGUGUGUGUUGUGUGUUUUGUGAGCGCAUGUGCAGAUGUGUGUUUGAGUGCAAUAAAGACCAAUCUGUGUAUUUGUGUGUUCAGGAUGGAGGCGGGUGUGGAGACAGCGUUCCUGGGAACUCGCUCUGGCCUCAUCCGGCUCACCAGAUACACUGGCAUGGAGACCAGGGUUGCCAAGUGAGUCACAUUACCCCAGAGUUAGCCCAUUACAGCCUACAUUAGCCCUACAGAGUUAGCCCAUAUUACAGCCUACAUUAGCCCUACAGAGUUAGCCCAUAUUACAGCCUACAUUAGCCCUACAGAGUUAGCCCAUAUUACAGCCUACAUUAGCCCUACAGAGUUAGCCCAUAUUACAGCCUACAUUAGCCCUACAGAGUUAGCCCAUUACAGCAUUACAGCAUUACAGUGUCCUUUGCGCAGGGAAGUAUUCACUAGGAACCAAAUGAAAGAAACAGGCAGUCACUACCUGAACUUGUCCAAUAAAAAACACUUGUUUUUGAUUUGCAAAACAUUUUGCUACAAUGUGCACUAAUGAAUAGGACUCAGGAGUUUGCUCUUAAUUAUCUCUUAUGAACUACUUUCUGCUCUAUAGGACGUUCCUGACUCCAGCUGAUAAGGACAACCUGUUUACCGUGGACCAUUUCCCCCUGUGGUACCGCCUGGCCAUGGAGAACCCCCCUGGACGCUUCCUCUACUACAUCCCUGUGGAGGACAAAGACAACAGAGACAAGACAGGUACCAUCCCUCUCAUCCAGGGUUGAGGUCCAUCCCUGUUCCCAGAUCUGUUUGUGCUGUCUUGGCAAUGCUUGCUGUGACAAUGACACUAGAAGUUGGCAAGACAACACAAACAGACCUAGCAUCAGUCUAGUGAAUUUCGUCUUCUACCCAGUCAAUUUAGGAAUUUAAUGGAGAAAUUUAUCAAAUUCCAUGUCCAACCCCAACUCUGCUAAUAUGUUAUCCUUCCUAUUGACAUUACAUUAUAACAGAACAGGGGUGAUUUUCACAAAAACAUAAUGAUCAUCUUUAGCACUAAGAUAAUCUGAAGUCUACUGGUAAUUUAGGCAACGGAUGAACGAUGCUCUUAUUGCUAAAGACAAUCGUUAUGUUUUUGGGAAACUCAACCCAGACCUACAGAAGCUCAAAGUUUGUGUUAGACUGAUUGUUGAUUGGUUGAUCCUCUUGUGACAGGGGCGUCAAAGUAUGUCAUAGCCGUCACAGCUGUGACUGUGUCAUCAGGAGGCAAGACAGCCAUGGCUGGAGGUAAGCUUCUGUUGUCUUUUACUUUCUCUGAAAUGUCGGGCUGCUGAACACCGAUCCUGGAGGCGUUGAUGCAUCUUGUGGCUUCCACGUGUAUUGACGUGUCCAUAACAGUAGUAGUAUUCUCUGUGGUGCUACUGCUAAAUGUUUGAGACACUUCUGUCUUGUGGAGAGGGAAGCACUCCAUGUGUCUUGUGAAGGUCCCUAGAAGAGGAGGGUUUCUAUUAAGUGUAUGUGAUGGUUUUCACAUCAUCAUGAGCUUUAUCUUCAUGGGCUUUUUUAAUAUCCUGUCACAAAAA